CACGGUAAGAAGUUGUCGUGUUAUUUGUAUCAUCCAUAGUUUGCAGCGUUUUAAAGCUGCAGAAGGGGAAUGUUAUAGUGUCUUCUUUCGUUUCCAAAAAAAGAAAAAAAAGGGUUUCAAGCAGUUACGUGGUGUGUGAAAACAUGAUUAGUAGUUUUGCAGGCAGUAUAGGUAUUAAGCACUGGGACAAAGCUCGCUGGUGGUGUUGCCGAAGGGUGCAUUUGAACUUGGCCUCUUUUAUUGCUGUUUUUUUCUUUUCCUCUGUCGUCAUGACAACCCAAAGGGCUCAGAGCGCUUAACGCCACCCUUUCAUCUUGAAUCCCCGCUGACCUAAAUGCCCCUUCGAGGUUUUGGCCGCUGAAGGCGACCGGGGCAAAUCAACAUGGAGCGCAAGGAGGAGAGCAGACGGGCCGGCGGUCGCCGCAGCUCGGGCUGGGGUCGCAUCGCCCUGCUGGACGAGACCGAGGAGUUCUUCCAGACGUGCGACGUGGAAGGCCGGGGCUUCAUCACGCGCACCGACAUGAGGAGGCUCCACAGGGAGCUGCCGCUGUCGGCAGAGGAGCUGGAGGACGUCUUUGACUCUCUGGACACGGAGCGUGCCGGUUACCUCACGCUUGAGGCCUUCUCUUCUGGAUUCAGUCAGUUCCUUCACGGCCGGAGAAUCUCUGUGACGGACGAGCCGGCCCAGUCGCAGGCUCGGGGCUUCAGGACCAAGGAGGCCUUCUACCAGAGCCAAUGGGAAGCCAAGCUGUCCGGGGGCGAGGACGAGGAAGAGGGACACUUCUGUAUGCUGCUCGACAGCCUGGGAGCCGGCAACGUUUUCGAGGACCCGGACGAGGUGCGCAGCCUGUGGGCGCGGCUCAGGCGAGAUGAGCCUCACCUUCUGUCCAACUUUGAGGAGUUCCUGGCCAGGGUCACGCAUCAGAUCAAGGAGGCCCGCCAGGAGAAGAGGGACAUGGAGAGCGCCCUCCAGAGGAAGGCGGCGACGCACGACGACGAGAUCCGCCACCUGUACGAGGAGAUGGAGGCGCAGAUCAAGACGGAGAAGGACCGGCUGCUGCUGAAGGACUCGGAACAUCUCCAGUCGAAAAGCCAGGACUUGGAAGAGCAGCUGUCGUCCAAGGAGAGGGAGCUGGAGCUGCUCUUCCAGAAGCAGAAUAGGUUGGAGCUGGAGUGCCGCGAGCUGAGCAGCGAGAAGCAGGAGAGCCACGUGGAGAACGUCAAGCUCAAGGUGACCAACGACGAGCUGGCGCGGGCGCUGGAGAGCACCAGCCAGGGGCUGCUGGUGGCCCAGGACCAGCUGGCCGUGCUGCAGGAGCAGGCUGCGCGCCUGCACCAGGAGAAGGAGAUGGAAAUGUACAGAGUGACUGAAGGACUGCAAAGAGAGAAGCAAAGCCUCAUGAAACAGCUCGAUCUCCUCCGAGAGAUGAACAAACACCUAAAGGACGAGCGUGACAUCUGCUCUGGUGUGCCAAGAACAUCUCUGAGGAAGAAGCAGAAGCAGCGGGCAGGCCUGGCCAGCAUGUUGGACGACAGCAGCCAGCCUGCCAAAAGAUCUCCUGUGGUGCAGGAUGGCUCCUACCAGUCUCUGGAGGCCUUGCCUAUAGAGCACCUUCAAAUCGUGUUUGUUGCUUCCUCCUCCUGUAGUGAGGACGACGCCGUCGCCGUCAAUUCCGUGAGGAAGAGCGGCGGAUUGGCCAACGGCUACGGCGUUCCCGCCGCUCCCAAAGCGCACAACGUCAGGGCCAAGGGCAAGAAGGCCAUGGCCAGGUCCUCCAGUUUCAGGAGGACCGGGAGAGAGCGGGCCAAGAGGCCGGAGACCGAGGCCGACGUCGAGGACGAGGUGCCGGACUCGCCCCGGGGCGGGUGGCCCCUCCGCCGGGUCAUCUCCAUCGAAGAGGACCACCUGCCUCACCUCCUCCAAGGGGGGCCGCAACUCCUCCAGCACCAACUCAGCGAGGAGGAAGACGGAAAGGUGGCGCAUAGCGAUUUGGAAUGCGGCGUGGUCCCCAGGAAACCGGGACAGUUUUCCCGGGCGAAGACGACCCCCACGUCGCCGCGGGGGCAGCCUGUCGGGAAGGAGACCCAACACGUGGCAGAAGCGCCCGCGUUAGGCCCCAGUCGUCUCUUUAAGGUGGUCUUGGUGGGCAACUCCAGCGUGGGCAAGACGUCGCUUCUACACUCCUUUUGCGAGGGACAUUUCCACCCAUCCAUCACGGCGACUGUGGGGAUCGACUUCAGCGUGAAGACGCUAACCUUGAACAGUAUGCAGAUCGCGAUGCAGCUUUGGGACACGGCGGGUCAAGAGAGGUAUCGCAGCAUCACCAAGCAGUUCUUUCGCAAGGCCGACGGCGUGGUGGUGAUGUACGACGUCACGCUGGAGGAGAGCUUCAAGGCCGUGCGACCCUGGCUCGCCAACGUCAAGGACGCUGCAGGAGAAGGCGUCCAAAUCCUCGUGCUGGGCAACAAAAUGGACAUGGAUGCAGAUAGAGAGGUGUCCUUCAAAGAGGCAGAACAAUUGGCUCAAGAAAGCAAGGUGAUGUUCUACGAGGUCAGCGCCUACACAGGCAAGAACGUGACCGAGUCCCUCACCCACCUGGCCCGGGUGUUGAUGGAGCAAGAAGACCGAGUGAGAGACACCACAGUCAUCCUCAGCGCUCAGCCCUUGAAGAAGAAAGCCUGCUGCAAGUGAACGCGCCUCGGCGGAGGUCUUCUUUUGUACAAUGCGUCAAGCAAGGCUCUUAAUAUGUUCUGUUGUUACCAUUACUAGAUAUUAAUAGGAACGCAUCAUCGUUGGGGAAAUCACGCUCCUCGUAGCAUUAGCUUUAUCUGCCCUAUUUGUAACGUAAUCACCUCGAAGAAUGAAUAAAAUAUUUGCAACUCAGUUUGAAAUGAAAAUGGGGAAAAGUUGACGUCGUUUCAGCUUUUAAUUCAUCGGCUCUCUUCCAUGUUUACAUUAGUGCUCGGUUUCACGGCGCUCUUAACUCAGCAAAAGCUCUCUCAUGCUAAACAAUACAGUAAAAACGGGACAAUCUGCCCCGCGACAUAACAGGAGAGUGCGUUGAGGUUGGUACAUUCUUCGACAUGUCCGUCAUUUUGGUGUUAUUGCUGAUACUGAUGACAUCACUGUUAAGCGAGCUGGGAUGGCGUCGUGUGAGGUGCGGUGGUUUUUGGGCGCCUAGCGCAUCUUAUAGUCGUGGGAGACGGCGGCGUCGCAUAGCUGGCCUUUGAAGUCCAGCUCCAGCGCGAACUCCAGAUCACGCUGCAGUUAAAGAACAGGAAAUCAAUCGGGAAGCAGAUUUAUUUUAGUUUUUUUGUUUUUUUAACUCUCCUGUUACAUUUGUUUCUUUGGCACACCUGAAAAUGUUCAUUUUAUCCCUUUUUGUCACGUUUGUGGGUCAAAAUGACACGUAGUACAUGUCGUGGCUUAACAAGUGUAAUCAACUAUACAUAUAAUGAUUGAAAUGUUUUAAAAAAAUGGUUUUUUCAUCUCUUUGGAUCAUGGGUCAGAUUGACCCAGGAACACGAUUGCUGUUCCUGAGAAAUGAACGUAACACGAGGUUUGAAUGAAGGCGCAUUUGUCUUUCUUACCUCGUUCUUGUCGUUGGGCCUGACGGCGAUGCUGCCGAAUAUCUCCUCGCCUUUCUUCACGGUCAGGUAGUCCUCCAAAUAGAAGACGGUCUGCUUCCAGUGCGUGCUCGCCGCAUCCGGCGCUGCGGAAGGAGCCAAACGGGAAGUUGACGCGGGCGAAAGGAAUCGCUCCAGACGGGCAGACAAGACGGCAUCGCUCCAGAUGCCGCCGUCGUCGUCCUCGGUCUCGGGCCCCGCCGACGGCGCAAACCAAACACAGAAGAUCCUCUACGCGGCGUUAUGCGACUUAAGCUUCCAUAAUACCGUGGGCUUCCCGCAUGCCACGUUGGCAAAAAAAAAAACGGCACGAUGACGAGUCCACAAUAUUAGUUAUGUAAAUAUAUACAUAACAUGAGGUGCACCUGCUCAUGAGAUCAGGUAUUGUGUGACGCAUUCACAAAGGACGGAAGAAUGGACCCAUUUUGCAAAACUGACAUUUGCUUAGGAAGAUUAUUAUUAUUAUUUUUUUUUUCUUUCUUGAAUUUC